CAGUCCGUCCGGUUUCUGUGUGGAAAGGAAAGUAGUAAACUGUUGUUGCCGUUGCCGCUCCAUGAUGGCGCUGGUGGGAUCCCUCCAUAAAGAGCUAGCCGAGACAGUCUCCGUUUGUCGGGUUCUGGUGGUAGGAGCCGGUGGAAUCGGUUGUGAGCUUCUCAAAAACCUCGUCCUUACCGGAUUCUCCAACAUCGAAGUGAUUGAUCUUGACGUGAUUGAUGUCAGUAACCUUAACCGUCAGUUUCUGUUCCAGAAGAAACAUGUUGGAAAGUCAAAAGCACAGGUUGCUAAGGAAAGUGUUUUACAGUUUUGUCCCAAAGCUAACAUUACAGCCUACCAUGAUAGUGUUAUGAACCCAGAUUACAACGUGGAGUUUUUCAGGAACUUCAUGCUUGUCAUGAAUGCUUUGGAUAACCGAGCCGCCCGUAACCAUGUGAACAGGAUGUGUCUGGCUGCUGAUAUCCCCCUUAUAGAGAGCGGGACGGCUGGCUACCUGGGACAAGUCGCUGUCAUCAAGAAGGGAGUAACGGAGUGUUAUGAGUGCCAGCCAAAACCAACUCAGAAAACUUUCCCAGGCUGUACCAUCCGCAACACCCCAUCGGAGCCCAUCCACUGCAUCGUGUGGGCCAAGUAUCUGUACAACCAGCUCUUUGGAGAGGAGGAUGCUGAUCAGGAAGUCUCCCCUGACACGGCAGACCCUGAAGCUGCCUGGGAGCCAGCAGAGACAGCAGCGAGAGCAGGAGCGUCCAAUGAAGACGGGGACAUCAAGCGAGUCUCCACAAAAACCUGGGCUAAAUCCACUGGCUAUGACCCAGUCAAGCUCUUCAACAAGCUUUUUAACGAUGACAUCAAGUACUUGCUAACUAUGGACAAGCUUUGGAAGAAAAGGAAAGCUCCUGUCCCCUUGGACUGGAAUGAAGUUCAAGAACUAGACGGAAGCUGGCCUAGGUCUGGGUGGCAGAAGAGAUCCUUAGCAUUUUCAGAGGACAGCAGUGCCCUCCAGACGGAGUCCUCCACUGCAGGGCUGAAGGACCAACAGGUGCUGGAUAUUAAGAGCUGCUCCCAGCUGUUUGCCAGGAGUGUGGAGACUCUGAGAGCCCAGCUGUGUGAGAAAGGAGACGGAGCAGAGCUCGUGUGGGACAAGGAUGACCCUCCAGCGAUGGACUUUGUGACAUCGGCGUCCAACCUGCGCAUGCACAUCUUCAGCAUGAACAUGAAGAGUCGCUUUGAUGUGAAGUCCAUGGCAGGGAAUAUUAUACCAGCUAUUGCUACCACUAAUGCAGUAAUAGCAGGCUUGAUUGUACUGGAGGGUCUGAAGAUUUUAUCAGGGAAUAUUGAACAGUGUAAAACAAUCUUUUUGAACAAGCAGCCGAACCCAAGGAAGAAGCUCUUGGUGCCAUGUGCGCUGGACCCUCCCAAUGCCAACUGUUACGUGUGUGCCAGCCGGCCAGAGGUCACGGUCAAGCUGAAUGUGCACCAAACACUAGUGCUGAGCUUGCAGGACAGGAUUUUGAAAGAGAAAUUUGGCAUGGUGGCUCCAGACGUUCAGAUUGAGGAUGGUAAAGGGACUAUUCUGAUUUCUUCAGAAGAAGGAGAAACGGAAGGAAACAAUUCCAAGUGUCUGUCUGAAUUUGGAAUCCGUCAUGGAACCCGGCUGCAGGCUGAUGAUUUCUUGCAAGAUUAUACUCUCUUGUUAAACAUCCUUCACUGCGAGGACCUGGGGAAGGAUGUUGAGUUUGAGGUGGUUGGGGACACCCCUGAUAAGCCCAUAGAGAAGACUGCAGAGGGGUCUGCCAAGAGCAUCACCAAUGGCAGUGAUGAUGGUGCGCAGCCAUCCACUUCGAAAGCUCAAGAUCAGGAUGACGUGUUGAUUGUGGACUCUGAUGAAGAACCGUCCUCCAGCAGCACUGACGUCAACAUGGAGGGUCCCAGCCUCAAGAGGAAGCUGGAGGAGGGGGAGGAGAGCGUGCGAUCCAAGAGGAUGCGCACAGACCCGCCAGCUGCGCAGGAAGAAGACGAUGACAUCAUCGCACUAGAUUAGACUGCCUUGCAGAUUGCAUUAUGUCUGUAAUUGGACUGUGUACAAAUGUCAGAAGAAAGUUGUUAAUGUUAACAAACACCCCUUCACUUUUUGAACAGCCUUGCUACUCUUGUACCGUAUAUGUGCAAAUAGGUAGUUGUGCAUAUGCAGGACUAGUAGUGGAGAGGUUACAGACUAUUAGAAACUCAAGUAGAAGGCUUUAUGUGGUCUUUUUUUUUUAUCACAUUUGAACAAUCCCCCGUCCUGUAUUAUAGUUAAUCAAAACAUCUUUGCCCCCAUGUUGAGCAUUUACAGUCAAACAUAUGUGAGCUUCUGUGAAUUUCAGCUUGAUACUAGAAUACCGGCACAUUGGCCAAAAUAUGAAACCAAAGCAGCAACUCACAUGUUCACAGAAAAUGUCAUCUGUAAUGUUUGUAGAAUUAUUACAAGAUGUACAUAUUGUUGGCAAUUACAUUUUAACAAACAUGUUUACAUUUUUUUUUUCAUCACAGAAAAAUGCCUCAGUUUAUUAAUGACCUAUAGCAGGUGGUUUAAAAAAUAUCAGAAAUUGCACUCCAUGUUUUUGAAAAUAAAUUGGCAGCAGUACAACUAGAGCAAAGCAGUAACCUCAAGUAGUGGACAUGUUACAAAAGCCAAAGGGUGCUUAGCCAUGUUUAUAUUUUUGUCAAAAAAAAGCCGUUUGCAGGUCUUGAAGUCAUGGGGUGGGUGAAUGGAAUGGGUUUCUCUUCAAAAUGUGUGCUUUUACAGCUGCCAAGUAUUUGGUGCACAAUUCUAUUUUAGAAGAAAUAUGAAGUAUCAGUUGGAAAAUCACCUUUGAAUAACUAUGUACCGCCAUUUUCCUUUGAAUUUAAGACGCCCUUGAUUUAUGACCCUCAAUUUGACGAAUAAAACUCAUGCAUUUACAAAAUCAGUUGCGGCCGUCUGCUAUCACACAGCAUCACAGUUAUGUGCUGCUUUUCAUUUCCAGUCGUUAUUACUCACACCUGUUUUGCUCUUUUACUCGGCAGUCAGUCACUGCUGUUUGUGGACUCGGGUAGUCACGUCUUGGCGAUUUUAAUACAUGCGUAACUAUACUGUACUCAAAUUAAGACGCAGGAUAUUUAAGAAAUUUGAAGGAAUAUGGUGUAUUGAGAGGAAAGUUUAUUUGUGCCAAUGUAAGUCAAGUACUUGAUUGAAAAAAACCCUGUUCUAAAGAACUGAUAACCAUGGCUGUUAGUUAAACCACACACACACAUUUUGCCCUCUUGGCAUUAAAAACAUUAGCGCUGGGCCUCAUUUUCUUGUUUUGUAGUGCAGGUAUUUCAAAGGCAACUUUUUGUAACCAAUUCUGCUGUGACUUACUGUUACCUAAUCACUACCUGUGAUGUAGGUAAAUUCCACUCCAGUGGUCAGACUGACCCACGUCACAGGAAGUGAUUAGGUACCAGGAAGCAGCUAUUUUAACUUUGCUGGAUUUAAAAAUAAAUACCUUUUUAAAAAAUAUAUAAAAAAAGCAAGCAAAUAACCCAGAUAUUUUCAUCACAAUAAAAAGGAUGGUAAAGUUUGGGAUUUUACAGCCAUGGUUAUUUCAUAUUUUAAUAUGAAAAGAAUUUGAGUUUAAAAAAAGAUAUACUUUAGUGAUGUGGAGGGCUGACAGCUGUCCUUGUGCACCAUAGCUGAACAUAUUUACACCUGCUAUUCAGUGUAAAGUGGAAAUUUCGUUUAAAAUCUGUGGUGGUUCAAACAUGCUCUGUCAGUUUGAAUCCGUCAAUAGUACCAUAUACAUUUCUGUAAAACACUUUUUUUUUUUUUUUUUUUUUUUUAAGAAAGUAUUUUUCAGUGGACAGGUAUACGACCGGAUUACAAUGGUGUAAGCUGUGUUUUUGUGUGUGUUUGAUUAGUGAAUUAUUUAUAUUUGACAUUUUUGUAAAACACAAAACUAUACUGUACCUCUUAUGGACCAAAUAAAGAAUUACUAAAUA